AUGAACGUUAUGAAAUUGAAUGGUAUCAAGGUUUAUAAUCUGACGGCAACACGCGCAUUUCCAGAAUGGGCUUCUCGAGCAGAGAAGCGGAGAAAGAUGUCAAAGGACCCUGGACUUGCAAAACAUCUCGAGUUGAUACAGGAUUUAGAGAUGCCAGAUUCCUCUACCUACAUUUGCACCUCUCCGGACGGGCAGUAUCUUUUUGCGCUGGGUCGGUAUAAACCUAGAGUAAAGUGUUAUGAGUUAAGCAAUCUGUCACUAAAAUUUGACCGUUGCGUGGAUUAUUUACCUUAUCGGAUUGAAGUUCUCAGCGAAGAUUACUCCAAGUUUGCACUUCUGGAAGAAGAACGCUGGGUCGAUGUCCAUGCUGCUGGUGGACACUUUUUUAAGUUUCGCAUACCAAAACCUGGUGUCGAUAUCGCCUAUUCAUCUUUCACCUGUGACCUAUUCGUUGCUUCCUCAAGAAACUCUAUUUAUCGCAUGAAUCUCUAUGAAGGUCGAUUCAACACUCCUUUGUUCAGCUCACAACUUGAGGGCACUGGACAUGGCUUUUCUGCUUCUGCUUACAGAAAAGAGCAUAGCUUACUAGCAGCCUGCUCGACCGCUGGUCGUGUGGACGGCUGGGAUGCGCGCACUGGAGAUUGCGUUUUAGGCAUCAAGGUCUCCGAUUAUGCACCUCCGCCAGAAGAAUUUCGCGAAUCGUUUGUUGAAGGACGAAGACGCACUGUCGGUCUUAGCUGUAUCACCUACAAAGACCCCUUGAACAUUGCUGUAGGAACCACUGACGGCAUGGUCUAUCUGUACGAUUUAAGGCAAAACCGCGUUCCGUGGCAUGUUAGGGAUACGGAGUUCCGGCGCCCGGUCAAAACGAUUGAUUUUCAUGAGGACAAGGUAAUAACCUUGCUUCCCCAUUGCCUAAAGAUUUGGUACUUGGAUACAGGAAAAAUAUUUGUCGGAUUUGAUACUGGGCGUUUUGAGUGCAAUUGGUUGCACCAUUUCCGAAACAGCGGUUUACUGAUGUUGGCGACGGAAUCACCAAAGAUUGCAACUUAUUUUCUCCCAUUGCUUGGAGAGGCUCCGUCAUGGUGUGGUCAUCUGGAUCAGUUGGUUCUAGAAUGCGAGCCAGAUGUGACGACUAUGUAUGAUGGCUACAAGUUUGUCACACGUGAAGAACUAGCAGAGCUCGGAAUGCUGGAACUAAUUGGAACCCAGUUUUUGCGUGCCUACAUGCACGGCUACUUUGUAUCUAUGCGCUUGUACACUAAAAUAAAAGAACGAUUGGGCCUUGUUGCCAGCUCCAAUUUUGUUCCCACAAAAACUUCAAACCAAACAGCCACUGCCAUCAAAACACAUUCAGAUGCAGAAGAUGAGUUCACUGAGGCCUCCCGUGACACCAGAUUUGCCAAGCUCAAGCUCGAUCCAAAGUUUACUUUCGAUCCCAACAAUGAAGACUCGGAUCUGAUACGUAUCCAUCAAGCCCGCUUGGCCAAGAAGCGCCGACGCAAAGAGCAGCGUAAAGAGAGAGCAGCCAGAGCACAUAACGGCGAAACUGAUGCUAACGCUCAGAAUAUUAUUCAAGGUACGUUACCUAUACUUCCACCCCCCUCAGGUCACUUGGAUACUGAUCUUUCGACAAACGGAAUAAGACAAGCCAGGGCCCUUCGAGACUACCUCAAGACUCUUCCAGUGGAUUUAUUGAUCUCCAGUGACCUAAAGCGAGCUUACAUGACCGUAUCCGAGCUUGGUCUCCCAAUUCUUCCGGAGAAGAACGCUCUGCUACGAGAACGCAAUUUUGGCGUAUACUGUGGUUCUCCGCGGACAGAACUACACAAAUUUACCGAGCAAAAUCGCACCAGUGGUGCAGGUUGCGCAGGUUGGCACGCAAUUGGUGCUGAAUGUAGCCACCAGUUGGUGUGUCGGGUGUUCGACUUUUUGGUUUAUCUAUGCAACCGGUUCACGCAAGGAGUACAAGAGAAAACAGCUCCAAUCGCCAACUCGCCAGAUUCAUGCAUCCUUGACCACAAUGACCUUGGUCCGAUGCCGGAUGCUCUUUUAGGACGAUUUGCCGAUACUCGGGAGGCCGACUCGGCCAGUUUCACCUAUGGCGGACAUGCAUUACUGGUCAGUCACGGUGGGUGGAUCCGUCAGGCAUUGCGCUUGCUUGCGCUCCAAUCAGAGGGGAGUUGCAAUUUUUCAUCAAAUUACUUCGGAUCGACCAUGACCAAUUGUGGCAUAUGUCAACUGGGAGUAACAUUUGAUGCAACAGCCCUGCGAGAUCUUUCUGCAAACACCAGGAAAGCAUCACUCACAGCGGAUAACGCUGUGUCGGAACGCAAUUCCCGUUGUCCCUUUCAUCGACCAUCGCAACAACGCUUACCUUUGAGACAAUCAGGCACAAAAGAAAAUGCUCCCAGAAACAUGAACACAGAACCGGAUCCCGCUAAGACGCUUUGCUCACAAAUGGAGGUUAUCUUCAUGGACGAUGAUGAUGAGUAUACUGGCCAACGUUGA